AUAAAUAGCUUCGCUAUUUAUCGAAUGAGAUAUGAGACAACGUCUCAUAUCGAUUUGAGAUUGAACUUAAAAAGUUCUAUCGAUACGAAAGUGAGGGAAAUAAAAGCUCGCGUCAACGUAACACAAGGUAGUGGAGAGCCAAUACGAUAG